AUGGUCAAGAAAGGGAAAGGAAAAGCCGGAGGGGGCAUUGAUCUCUCUGAUCCUAUGCCAUCUGCACCAUCCAAGAACCCAGUCAAGGGCAAAAAGGGCCAAAAAGGUGGCAUCGCAACUCCUGAAGCAGCGCCCUCCUCAGAGCCUCCCAAGCCUACGGUGAAGCAGCUUAUCGGCGGUUCUUCAUGGACCGGAAAACUACCAGUCAACCUGCUCAGCGAGUACUGCCAGAAACAGCGCUGGGAAAGGCCUGAUUAUGACACCAGAAAGACUCCAGAGGGGUUCUCGGUCUGGGUUACGAUGAGCGCAAAGGAUCCCAAGACGCAGGAAACCACCAGGCUUGAGCCCUUCAAGAUUCCAGCAACUCAUAAACAUCUCAUCACGCGACCUACCGCCAUAGAAGCUAAGCAUGCAGCAGCCACAUAUGCUCUUUUCAGAGUCUGCAGCAUGCAGAACAAACACACAGUUUUACCACCGGAGCACAAAUCACUAUGGAAAGACUUCCAGGCCCUCAAGGUGCAGGACCUGAAGGAGGGAAAGGCUUGGAUGUAUGAGCCAGACCCAUUCAAGGCACUCCAGGAGCGCCAGGAGGCUAAGGCUGCUGCGGACAAAAAGAGAAAGGAGAUUGAAGCUGCUAGAGCCAAGGCUGCGGCCAUGCCUGGUGCUUCUGGGUUGGCUUUGAUGAGUAGUUCUGGGAAAGACGGAAGGUCAUCGAACAUCAUGAAGGGAUGGAACACUGCGCCUAAAGUCGAGAUGGGCAAGAAGACUAGAGCGCAGUUGGAAACUCUGUUACGAAGAGGCGUCAAGUGGAACCCCAACGACAUUCAAAUGUCGAAACCUCAGAAAGAUUCUAUUGUUGCUGAGUUCAGUAAACUCAGCUUUCGCAGAAGCCAUGUGGAAGAAGCAGUCGAGUAUUGUAAGGAUCGGGAAGAGACCCUUGAGUGGCUACUAAUCCACGUUCCCGAAGACGAUCUUCCUCGAUGGGCUUUGCCAGAAAGUUAUGCUGCUGGUGUAUCAGUUGGUACCACGAACCUAAGAAGGCAGGGCAUCAUUAAGAGACUCGCCCAGGCAGGAUACUCGCUUGAACUAGCCACGAGAGUGUUGGACGAGCAAGACGUCGACGAAGACAAAGCUGCUGAGACGUUGCAGAAUUUACUUUUCCCAUGCGAGAACAGCAACUCUGACGACGCCGACUUCUUGGACCUAGGUUCACCUGAGGAACAAUGGGAGGAAGAGGUUGGGAGUCUUGAAGCGAUGUACGGGGACGGAUUCGAGCGUGAUGGUGAUAAUGUCAUUCGUAUCAAACUGGAUUCUGUCAAGAACGGGCAACAACUUGUCGACGCGUCCUUGCAAAUUCGCCGUCCAGCGACUUACCCUGCGAACUUGAUCCUGUCGAUCGUGGCCAACAUUCCUUCUUACAUCAAACUGAGCAUCGUCCGAAAAGCGCUUGAACAUAUUGAAGAGUCUCUGAGAGAUGAGCCCAUGAAGAUAUAUCUGACGAUGGACUGGGUUCAGCAGAACAUCAAUGGUAUCAUUGAGGAUCCUGGAAAACUUGUGGAUAUUUCUGCAGUUUCUUCAGCUGCAGCCGAGUACAAGCCCGUGGCGGCCAUCACACAGAAGAAACGAUCGGCUCGAGCUCCUAAGCUAAUCAAGUGGAUCAAGGAUGAAAAGACUCGAGAACAGUGGCUUCGACGACAAGAGUCAACCUCGUUGAAGAGUAUGAUCGCUAAGCGACAGAACUUGCCCGCUUGGAGGAUGCGGGAAGCCAUUAUUGGUACCGUCAGAAGCAACCAUGUCACCAUCAUCAGUGGAGAAACAGGUUCAGGUAAAUCUACACAGUCCAUGCAAUUCAUCCUUGAUGAUUUGUAUUCGCAGGGGCUCGGUGGUUGUGCAAACAUAAUUGUCACCCAGCCACGUCGAAUUUCAGCACUUGGACUUGCGGAUCGUGUAGCGGAAGAAAGGUGCUCACGAGUUGGAGAUGAAGUGGGAUAUGCUAUUCGUGGAGAGUCCAAGAGAUCAAAGGAUACCAAGAUCACGUUUGUCACGACUGGUGUUUUGCUUCGACGGUUGCAAACCUCUGGAGGCCGGGUAGAGGACGUAGUGGCAUCUUUGGCAGACGUCAGUCACGUCGUGAUUGAUGAGGUGCACGAGCGAAGUCUCGAUACUGACUUCUUACUUAACCUCAUUCGCGAGGUCAUGAAAUCCAAGAAGGAUAUGAUGAAGCUUAUUCUCAUGUCUGCUACGCUCGAUGCCGCGACCUUCAAGAACUACUUUGCCUCGGAAGGACUCAGCGUAGGCACCGUGGAAAUUGAGGGUCGAACAUUCCCGGUAGAUGAGUACUACCUGGACGACGUGAUCCGAAUGACUGCGUACGGAGUUGAAAGCGCUGAAUCUGAGUUCAUUAGCGGGGAGGCUCUUGGUAAAGUCAUCCAAAAGCUUGGCCAUCGCAUCAACUAUAACCUGCUGGUCGAGACUGUCAAAGCAAUUGAUUUUGAGUUGUCCUACGAGAAGAAGCCUGGCGGUAUUCUCAUCUUCCUGCCUGGAGUCGGCGAGAUCAACCAGGCCUGCCGCGCACUUAAAGCGGUCAACUCUCUCCAUGUUCUCCCACUCCAUGCAUCGCUCGAGACACGCGAGCAAAAACGAGUGUUUUCUGGUGCCCCCCCAGGAAAGAGAAAGAUUGUGGUCGCGACCAACGUUGCAGAGACAUCAAUUACCAUUGACGACAUCAUAGCGGUCAUUGACAGUGGAAAGGUCAAGGAAACUAGUUUUGAUGUUCAGAACAACAUGCGCAAGCUCGAGGAAACGUGGGCCUCGCGGGCUGCCUGCAAGCAACGACGUGGUCGAGCCGGUCGAGUGCAAGAGGGCAGAUGCUACAAGCUCUUUACGCAGAACCUAGAGCAGCAGAUGCCUGAGCGACCAGAGCCCGAGAUUCGUCGUGUGCCUUUAGAACAACUUUGUCUGUCGGUCCGUGCAAUGGGAAUGAAGGAUGUUGCUGGGUUUCUCGGCAGAUCUCCUACGCCCCCUGACGCAACUGCUAUUGAUGGAGCUAUGAAGCUCCUACAGCGCAUGGGAGCACUCGAUGGUGACGAGCUUACCGCCAUGGGUCAACAGUUAGCCAUGUUACCAGCUGACUUGAGAUGUGGUAAGCUGAUGGUGUUUGGUGCCAUCUUUGGCUGUUUGGAUAAUUGUGUGACGAUUGCCGCAAUUCUAAGCACACGAAGCCCUUUUGUAUCACCACAAGAGAGGAGAGAAGAAGCAAAGGAGGCUCGUAUGGGAUUUUAUACUGGCGAUGGUGAUCUUUUGACAGAUCUCCAGGCUUUCCUGGAGUGGGACUUCAUGAUGCAUGACCGCAUCCCUCAUCGUCAAGUACGGACGUGGUGUGAUGAAAACUUCCUAAACUUCCAGUCUCUGUCCGACAUUUCCAACACACGCGCACAGUACUACACGGCUCUGGGAGAGAUUGGCAUCGUUGCGCCUUCUCAGGCAUCAAGUGAGGCUCAUGCGGCCAAAGCUAACUCCGAUGGGUCUCAGUUGUUGAGAGCGUUGGUUGCGGCGGCUUUUACGCCGCAGAUUGCUCGCAUUCAGUAUCCUGACAAGAAGUUUGCUAGUUCUAUGUCUGGUGCUGUAGAGCUGGACCCUGAGGCGAAGUUGAUCAAGUUUUUCAACCAGGAGAAUGGAAGAGUGUUUGUUCACCCGAGCAGUACACUAUUCGGAAGUCAAGGGUUCUCGGGCAAUGCGGCGUACAUGGCGUACUUCAGUCUCAUCUCGACAAGCAAGAUCUUUAUUCGGGACCUGACACCUUUCAACGCAUACACGCUCUUGCUCUUCUCGGGGCCAAUUGAGCUUGAUACUCUGGGACGAGGUCUUCUUGUAGACGGUUGGCUGCGACUUAGAGGAUGGGCACGCAUUGGUGUUUUGUUAGCGAGACUUCGAAGUAUGGUAGAUGAGCUCAUUGCAAAGAAGGUUGAGAAUCCAGAGAUGAGUGUUCAGGAUGAUGAGGUCAUUACUUUGGUUAGGAGGAUGAUUGAACUUGAUGGUUUGGAUGCUUAG